AGCUAGUGUCUUCGGCGGGUCCACUGGGUCCUGGUGCGUGACGAGCUGCUGAAGAAUUGGUACGAGGUGGCGUGUCGGAGACGAUUUUCACGAUCGGUGUAAUUUUCGGUGUAAACUAAACAUUUUUGAGUUUCAAGUUUGAUGUUGUGAAAAAUCUGGCCUCUGCGAUAGUUGCUCUCCUGAAGAGAGCUGAUGUGCCAGAAGGUAAUCUGUUAUUGGAGUCGUUGGUGUUGCUGUAGAAGUUGACUGGAGUGUGGCUGUCAUGUCCUCUAAACAAGAUAUGGCAGGAAAGUGGAAACUUUUCUCAAAAGUUGGCAAAAUAAUCCCGUGGCCAAUAACAGCAGCAUCCAUUAGAGGGUUUAGAAAUCCAGCGCCGGUAACGCACAAUUUGACGUCGGCGUCCCGUUAGCAUAUAUCCCGGAUGUCCCGCGGGAUGCUACGCAGGGACACCUCUACUAUGCUUAUCUACAGCCUUUCCAAUGACGAUUCGGAGAUAGUGUUCACGCUGAGGUCGCUCGCGCAGGCCGGCAUCAUCUUCGUCAUGGCCUUGGCCAUCAUCAUCACCAACGUCCUCAUCAUAGCUACCUUAAUCAAUUUUAGAGGACCCUCAGAAGUCAUAAACUAUUACCUGCUUUCGUUAGCAGUAGCUGAUUUACUAUGUGGCCUUCUAGUCGUACCAUUAUCAGUAUAUCCGGCGGUGGUGAGUGAGUGGGUCUACGGGGACAUUAUCUGCCGGGUAAUUGGUUAUUUAGAAGUUACGCUUUGGGCAGUCACCGUCUAUACGUUUAUGUGGAUUAGUGUAGAUCGAUAUCUAUCUGUGCGGAAACCGUUGCGAUACGAGACUCUUCAAACGAAAACCAGGUGCCAGUGUUGGAUGGCCUUUACCUGGAUUUCCGCAGCAAUGCUCUGUUGUCCCCCCCUCCUGGGUUUCACGAAACCACUGUUCGACAAAGAGGCCUACAUCUGCAUGCUUGACUGGGGCAGUAUGGCGGCCUAUACAAUUACUCUAUCCAUCCUUAUCCUGGGGCCCAGCCUCAUAACUAUAGUCUACACCUACACUUACAUUUUCAGCAUGCUGCGGAAAAUCAGGAGCGGCUUUCCCUUCCACGACAAGGAGUACGCUACUGCGUUGUCGGAGAACUUAUCGAAUCCCAGCCAUAUGAUGUCCUUCACCUUAGUGAUAGCAUUUUGGUUAUCCUGGUUGCCUUACAUAGGAAUCACUCUUUACGAAUAUUUUACAUCGCCUAUGGAGAAUCAGCAAGUGCUUCACUUUGGAAUCGUAUGGCUGGGUUUUCUCAACUCCUUCUGGAAGUCCGUGAUCCUGAUCACUAUGAGUCCGCAGUUCCGAUUGGCCCUGCGUAUAUUCUGCAUGACGAUCUGCUGUAGAUAUAGCAAGGGCCGUCUCCAAGCCGAAUUGAUCGGCAUGGACGAUGACUGACUACUCUGUUGCUUUCCCGCCCUAACCUCUAAUUUUCCUAUAACGGGCAUUGCUGUGAGAGACUAUGAAUUUUUUAUAGGUAAAAUAAGAAGAUACUGGUGCCAAUUUUCGCGACAUGAACAUUUUCAGCGAUGACUUGUUUCGAAAAUUUAAAUGUGAUUAUUUUUUAGAAUGCUGUAUGACGUAGGUGAACAUAUGUAUUUUAUUAUAAUAUGAUAAUGGCGAUGAUAAUAAUCGUAUAGCAUUAAAAAGGAAAAAUUAUGCGAAUGUUAGACGGUUAUUAUCAUUAUUUUCAUUAUUAUUGAAUCGUACAAGUCAAUUAUCAUAGUGUAGGCUAAUCUACAUUUCUCCUUGCGGGAGAAUAUCGAAUGAUUUUUAACCCCCUUUGUUGUUACACCGACGAUAUUUUAAUGUGAUUAUUAUUUUCUUGUAUCAUUCCUAGUACGACUUUUUAAAUCUAGAUGUUGAUUAAAUACAGUAAAUGUUAUCAAAUUUAGUGUUUUUAAUUGACAUCCUGGACUAUGUCUCUUAAUAUUUUUAAUUAUAGAAUAAAGACAGGGCUUAACACCAAGUAGUUAUAUGAUAAAAUCAAAAAACCAACAAAAUACUUAGGAUAUUUCUAGAAAAAAAAAAUGCGUUUACUUUAUAGUCAUCAUUACAACGUGUAGGCUAAAUAUUGUCUGAUACAGAUAAUUUGUAAUAUUGUAUACAAAAGAAAUCAAAAAUAUUUUUAGAAGGUAUAAAAUGGAAUGAAGAAUUUGAUAAAUUCAGCAAUCAAAUAAAGGUAUACCAUUAUUUUUUAAAUAAAUUGAUAUAUUCGAUUUCUUUUGUAUUCGAUAGCUAUUACAAUAGUCUAAAAAUUUUAAAAAGUUCUUAAGAUAAUAAAAGUAAUUAAUAUGCAACAUUAAAAUCUUAAAUUUAAUUAAGUUUGAAGAAUUACACAUUUUAAUUUUUAAUGAUUAUCUACACUUGCCGAGUUCGGGAAAUGGACUCCUUUUACUAUUUUCACUCUAAAUCUAAUUUCACAUCACAGAGUUACAAUGAUUUAGCAUGGACUUAAGUUGGAUAUGGAGUCAAAAAAGCAAAAGGAGUUAAACUCAAAGUAUAUAAUAAUACUUUUAAGUGUCAAUAAAUAAGUCGGACCGAAGAUUAAAAGCUUCUCACUGGUCCGACGGAAGACUAAAUGCCAAAUAUGCUUGAGUUAAAUUAAAACUUUUUUUUAAUAAUCAGUUGCUCAAAAAUGAAAAAAAAUCUAUAUGUCGUCUAUCAAAAUUUAGAAAUUGUUGCAUAGAUAGAAAGUAGAAACAAGCGUGAAAAGCAAUCAAAUUAUUUGCAAGUUUUUACUGUUACCAACCGAAAAAUAAAAAGUAAUCAAAAAAUAAUAAAGGAGCUGUUAAGUUAUUAAAUAUUUUUGAUUAUGUGUGAUUAUUCAGACUGUAGUAGCAUUGUAGUAAUGCUCGUUUUGUCACUUAAUUUUUAUAUUCAACAAUUUUAUCCUUAUUAUAUUAUAAAUCGCAAUAAUUAUGUAAUAUAGAAUUGAAAAAUAUUUCGUAAUUUUUAAUUGUGUAAAUGAACCAUUUUAAAAACUGUAAAAACAAUUAAUCUAUAAUAAUCUUACCUCACUCUGUGGUUGUAUAUAACUACCAUAUUUUCUUUAUUAUUAUAAAAAACAAACUUACUAUUUUUCCAUUUAAUUACUUCUUUUUCAAUAAAUCGAAUUAAAUUUAAUUAAUGAUAUAUUUAUUCUAUUAUGUACUUCAUUUUGAAGUGGCAAAAUUUAGAAUGUACAAAAUUUUAUAGUUCCAAAAAACUAGUACGUGUUGUAAAUUGUUGUAAAAAACAAAUAUGUAAAAUAACUAAUAUUCUUCUGUGCAACGCUUUAAAAAUAAUUUUCGAAAUAUUUAGAAUUUUUACAAUUUUGCAGGUAUCUAUGCUUGUAACUAAUUUCUAAUUUAGUCAUAUAUAUUUAUAGCCGUGCAUAUGCAUAUUGCAAUACAGGCAUGAUUUUUGAAUAUUUUCUUUAAUUAUCUGUUUAUGUUAAAAUAUUUCACAUAAACACAGCAGAUUUCUCAGUACAACGAUAUUAAUAGAGUUAUUUAUACAUAGAGAACGAAUUUGUUAUAGGUCGGACUGAAGACUGAUCACUUCUAAUAUCCGACAUAACAAAGCGGGCGGAGGUCUAAAAGAUUUUGUCCCAAGUCCGACCGAAGACUGAAUGCUUGCAGAACUAUCGGACUGAAGACUAAACGCUUUACUACCAAUUAAUUUAUUAUUACCUGUUUCUGUGGAUUUCGAAAAUAUUCAAGAAGUCAUGUCGUCCAUUAUUAGUGAUGUAUCCAGUCGGGUAUAUUUUAAUAUUUACCUGUGCUGAAUCCAUGGUGCAGACGGCCACGGCGCAUGUUUCCAAAAGGCCUACUCAUCAAGUUGGCGUGCACUUGCUCGAGAUAUAAAAAAAAUUAAGGCAAGUCGCUUGCUUUUGUACAGAGCUCUUUCUAUAUAUCUAUGGAUAUAUAAUUACUCGUUCAAGUACGUGUUUUAUAAUCAGUUCAUAUAGGCCUUUAUAUAUAUAGAAUUUUGGAGAAUCACAUGAUGUAAUUUAUAAUUUUAUUUAUAUUUAAUUGUAACGUACUGGUUUAUAAAAACAUUUUAAUGCAUAUAUUUAUUGGGAGACGUUCUAAUUCUCCAAAAUUCUUAAAGCUUUUGGAAUUGUCCACUAUAUAGUCAUAUUUUUGGUGUAAAUAGUUGAGACAUAAAUUUUGAUGUACAAAAAUGUGUAAUUUCGAUAAAGUUUCAGAUGUGUUGAAUGUUUAAAAAACUAUUACAAGUGAUUCGGACACAGUCAAUUUCAAAGUUUGAUAAUAUCGCACUCAAUUUAAAUGUUGCAGGUGAACCUAAGAGUUUUAUUUUGAAAGAUAACUACAGAUGAAUCAUUUAAUACAGUAAGAAAUAGUUUAAAAAAGGUUAACUUAGGUAGGUUAAAUCAAUAGAAGACUAAAAACCGUAAAUAUUGACAAGUAUUUAAAUAAACAGUUGCUCAAAGGUUCGAGGAUGGAAAGAUCAAUGUUUGGCUUAUCCUAAGCGACAAUAAAGCCACGGAAGAAUAGAAAAUACAGGUUUAACGAGUAACUGGGUCCAAGUGACUCAAAAGGAAACAGAAGAUGAACUUAGAUGAAAUUUAAGCUGCAGGCAAUAAAGGAAGAUAUACCACUACACUACUUUGAGUGGUACUGCUGCAGCGAUAAUCCAGAAAUUUAAAUUGCUUCUUUUGAAGAAGAAACUGGUUGUUCACCUAUAUCUAAACCUUGUCCACCUUAACUUGAUACACUCAUUUUUUUUAAACAUCCAAUACAUUCUAUCAACUACUGUAAUUCCUUUUUAUCUCAAUUAUUUAAUGUACUGUCAGUUAAUGGAAAAAUUCUUAAACUCUAACCUCAAUGAAAGCAUGUAAAUAUUUUCAGAGUAGUGUAAUUAGCAAUAAAAAUAACGAAAAAAAAAAACUUUUUCUCAUCUAAUGUAAAAAAAAAGAAAAUGUAUACCUCUGUUCUUAAGGAAUACGAACCAAGAAAGCAAUAACUAAAAUAAUAGUGUGGUCAGCGUCAAAUUUUACUUCCCUGCACAGAUGGAAAUGCAGAAAUACACAGUUUUAAGAGCAAUAUAAAAUGUUAAAAGUAGGUGUGGGAUUAAAAAAAAACAAUGAUGAAACUUGAUGAAAGUAUUAUAUGAUGAAACAAUAUAUAAUUAUGUUGGUCAAACUUAUAAGAAAUUCUGGAUCCAGGUAUGUGCAAAAUGUUUUUUUUUACAGGUAUCAAUAUUAUGUAUAGGUUGUUAAUACACAGACAUAAAAGAUCCAUUGUGACUCCCUGUAACGGUUUUAUUUUGCCACAUUAGAAAUAUAUUAAGGAUGAGAUUUUAUCAGUCUUAUAUAACUUAAAUAAUUGUAAAAAAUCAAAUAUCAUACCUUUUGGAUUCACAAAGUUGUGUGAAUUGAGGCAUUUUAUUUAUAAAGGAGUUCUAUUAUCAUACCAGAAGGGUUAUGUUUAUUUUGAUCCUCUUCUUUUACCAUUACGAUUGGAGAUGACCAAGGAGAAGAACUAGGCUCAAUGAUACCUUUUGCCAGCAUAUCAUCUAGUUCGUCAUUCACAAUUUUUUGUAAGGUUGCUGAGAUUGGGUAGUACGUCUGCUUUAUUGCCAGAGAAUUAGUCCUAAUCACAUCACGUGCUGUUCUAAAUGAGUGCGCCCUAAUACAUUACCCAUUAACACAAAUGCACCGUCGAUUACAGAACUUAAUCAUUGACACUGUUGGCCAGACAAGGUUUCAAAAUCUUUAAUACCAUUUAACUCAACUUCCUCAGCCUUAUCUCCAGACCUAAAACUCCAUUCAGCAGCAAACAGAUCAGGUACAAUUUCCUGGCGCCCAACGUGGGACCUAUGAGCUAGAGGACAAAACUAAAAAAUCUCUUGUCGUAUGGAAUGCGAAAGAUCUAGAAAAGAAAAGGAUCAAAAUAAACAAAACCCUUCUGGUAUGAUAACAGAACACCUUUAUAAAUAAAAUGCCUCAAUUCACAAAAUUUUGUGAAUUCAUAAGGUCUGAUAUUUGAUUUUUUACAAUUAUUUAGGUUAUAUAAGACUGAUAAAAUCUCAUCCCUAAUAUAUUUCUAAUGUGGCAAAAUAAAAUCGUUACAUCCUUCUAUCACUAAGGCAGCAAGGGAAUAGUCUCGACGUCUAGAACGACCCUUCCAAUCCUAUAUUCCCAAGAUAGUGUAAGAUUUGGAGUGCUACUGCUAAUACCACAAAACGGUUCAGGUCCCACAAAGUGUUUCAGUCCAUUUCCUGAGAAGACUGCAAUCUGGUUAUUCUUUACACCGUCGUAUCCCCGGACACAAGUGAGAGUAACUGUAUUUUCCUCGCCUAGCUCAUUCAAUUUUUUCUAGACACCUUCAAACCACUUUUGAGCUGAUUACAAGAGCCCAGCGUUUGCUGCUUGUAUAUCAAACAUGAUGAUAAUCUCUUGAUUGUGAUAGUUUUUAUCGGUGUUGAACUGAAUACGUUUCUGAAUGGCAUGAAUGUCUGCCUGAAAGAUGCAAACUUUCAUAGUACCUACUUGGUUUUAAGCCCAUACGCUCCAUUUCCUUUUGUGGUUUUGAAACUAACCGUAUACCACUUAAAGUAUUCUUGGCUCUAUUUUUUUGCUCUGUGGUUUAACACAAAAUU